GUGCCCCGUGUGCUGCUCUGGAUCAUGAUCGAGAUCGCCAUCAUCUGCUCUGACAUGCAGGAGGUGAUCGGGACAGCCAUCGCCUUCAGCCUGCUUUCAGCUGGCCGCAUCCCCCUCUGGGGUGGGGUCCUCGUUACCAUCGUGGACACCCUCUUCUUCCUCUUUCUCGACAAGUACGGGCUCCGCAAACUGGAGGCUUUCUUCGCCCUCCUCAUCACCAUCAUGGCCCUGACCUUUGGCUACGAGUAUGUGGUGGUGAGGCCGGGACAGACAGAGGUGCUGAAGGGCAUUUUCCUGCCCUACUGCCCAGGCUGUGGGCGAGAGGAGCUGCUCCAGGCCGUGGGUAUCGUUGGUGCCAUCAUUAUGCCCCAUAACAUCUUCCUCCACUCCUCCUUGGUCAAGACCCGGGCGAUUGACCGGUCCAAGAAGGAGGCAGUGCGGGAGGCCAAUAUGUAUUUCCUGAUUGAGUCCUGCCUGGCCCUCUUCGUCUCCUUUCUCAUCAACCUCUUUGUCAUGGCUGUCUUCGGUGAGGCUUUCUACCACCAGCGGAAUAAGGACGUGCACAACAAGUGUGCCAACAGCAGCGUCAGCCACUACUCCGACAUCUUCCCCGUCAACAACGAAACGGUCUCUGUGGAUAUCUACCAGGGGGGUGUCAUCCUGGGCUGCUAUUUCGGGGUGGUGGCACUGUACAUCUGGGCUGUCGGGAUCCUGGCGGCAGGACAGAGCUCCACAAUGACCGGGACUUACGCAGGACAGUUUGUCAUGGAGGGCUUCCUGCAGCUCCGCUGGUCCCGCUUCACCCGGGUGCUCUUUACCCGCUCCUUCGCCAUCCUGCCCACCAUCUUCGUGGCCGCCUUCAAGGAUGUCAGCCACCUCACGGGCAUGAACGACCUGCUCAACGUCCUGCAGAGCAUCCUGCUGCCCUUUGCCGUCCUGCCUGUCCUCACUUUCACCAGCCUGCGCCCGCUCAUGCAGGACUUCACCAACGGCAGCGCGGCGAAGGUGCUGAUGACCCUCAUCACAGGCCUGGUCUGUGCCAUCAACAUCUACUUUGUGGUGGACUUUCUGCCCACGCUGCAGGGCUUG